AAGGGACAAGAGAGAAGAGAGAGACAGAGAAACAGAAGAGGCAGGAGAGGAGGAGGAGGGAGAGAGAGAAGCUUGCAGGGGGGAGAGAGGAGGUGAAGAGGGAGCGAAGGGAAGAGGAGGCAGGAGCAGAGAAGGGGAGAGGGAGGAGGAGGAGGAGGAGGAGGAGGAGGAUGGGGACAUGGAGUUAGGUGGCCUGGGGGAGCUUCAUGAAAAGAGCCAAGAGGGGGUGUGGAUUAGCAACCGAGAGGCAACCUCGGGGAGAAGCAGAAGGCAGAGAGAGGGGUAGAGAGAUCAGGAGGCAGCGGGAGACUGGCGGGCUGGGGGAAGGCGAGGAAGGAGGAGAGACACCGAGGGGAGGAGAGGAGUGGGUUGGGGGACCUCCGUCCCUGGCUGGCUUGGCAUUUGGGGGGUCCGGGACUCCCUGUGGGGAGAAGAGGAAGGCUGGAAGUCCUGGAGGGACAGGGUCCCGCCGUGAAGAGAGGGAAGAGCCGAGAGAGGGGCCGGGCGCUGGGAAGGGGUCGCCCAGAGGCCUCCCGGGGAUGGGCGGUGCAGCCAGUCUGAGCGCCCCUCGAGCGCUGGUACUCUGGGCUGCACUGGGGGCGGCAGCUCACAUCGGACCCGCACCUGACCCCGCGGACUGGUGGAGCUACAAGGAGAAUCUCCAGGGAAACUUCGUGCCAGGGCCUCCCUUCUGGGGCCUGGUGAACGCAGCCUGGAGUCUGUGUGCAGUGGGGAAGCGGCAGAGCCCCGUGGAUGUGGAGCUGAAGAGGGUUCUUUAUGACCCCUUCCUGCCCCCACUGAGGCUCAGCACCGGGGGAGAGAAGCUCCGGGGAACCCUGUACAACACCGGUCGCCACGUGUCCUUCCUGCCUGCACCCCGGCCCGUGGUCAAUGUGUCUGGGGGUCCCCUCCUUUAUAGCCACCGACUCAGUGAACUGCGGCUGCUAUUUGGAGCACGUGAUGGAGCAGGCUCUGAACACCAGAUCAACCACCAGGGCUUCUCUGCUGAGGUGCAGCUCAUCCACUUCAACCAAGAACUUUAUGGGAACCUCAGUGCUGCCUCCCGGGGCCCCAAUGGCUUGGCCAUUCUCAGCCUCUUUGUCAAUGUGGCUGGCAGCUCAAACCCAUUCCUCAGCCGCCUCCUUAACCGUGAUACCAUCACCCGAAUCUCCUACAAGAAUGAUGCCUACUUUCUCCAAGACCUGAGCCUGGAGCUCCUGUUCCCGGAAUCCUUCGGCUUCAUCACCUAUCAGGGCUCUCUCAGCACCCCACCCUGCUCCGAGACUGUCACCUGGAUCCUCAUUGACCGGGUCUUGAAUAUCACGUCCCUCCAGAUGCACUCCCUGAGACUCCUGAGCCAGAAUCCUCCAUCCCAGAUCUUCCAGAGCCUCAGCGGUAACGGCCGGCCCCUGCAGCCCUUGGCCCAUAGGGCCUUGAGGGGCAACAGGGACCCCCGGCACCCCGAGAGGCGCUGCCGAGGCCCCAACUACCGCCUGCAUGUGGAUGGUGCCCCCCACGGUCGCUGAGGCUCCCCACCGAGGAUUGCGCCUGCCCUUCCCAACCCUACCCAAGAAGGGAGGGGAGUCACCCCCAAAACAAAGCUAUUAAAGGGACAGAAUACUUCCUGUU